CAUCGGAUGAUGGGUCAGUCACUGCCUUCUUGAGCAGCUUCCCUCUGCCACUCAUUCUCAGGGCAUUAGACACUGGACCAUCAUCUCAGACACAAGGCAUGGAGGAGGAGAGGGAGGAGGGCGAGGGAGACAGGGGAGUUUCAGAGGCAGCAAUGCGGCUGCAGCAGGCAGCUGUACAGGCACUCUUCAGGGUUUUCAAGUCCAAGGUCGUUCUUCCCGUCCUUCCAAGCCUCCUGCCAUAUGCGGAGAAAGGGAUGCUCUCGCCCUCCCCAGACAUGCGACGCCUCUGCUGCUUUGCGCUGCAGCGCAUGGCAGAGGGGGGAGAGGAGGCGAUGCAGGAGCUACGAAGUCAGGGGGAGCGCAUGGCAGAAGGGGGAGAGGAGGAGAUUCAGGAGCUCGCUCGGCUUCAGCGCAUGGCAGAGGGGGGAGAAGAGGAGAUGCAGGAGCUCGCUCGGCUUCAGCGCAUGGCAGAGGGGGGAGAGGAGGAGAUGCAGGAGCUCGCUCGGCUUCAGCGCAUGGCAGAGGGGGGAGAAGAGGAGAUGCAGGAGCUCGCUCGGCGCAUGGCAGAAGGGGGAGAGGAGGAGAUGCAGGAGCUGGGGAGUCAGGGGGAGGUGGCAAGGCGAGUGGUGGGGGAGGGUUUAGUGCGGUGCUUGGGCGACGAGCACCUGCCUGUGGCUGCUGCCGCCACUGACGCCCUCGCUGCCUUCUGCCGAUCGGCCUUGGGAGUGAGCCUAAUUUUCAGUAGUGAUCAACUGUACAAGCUUACACGCUCGUCGCACUCACAGGUGCAGCAACGUGUGGUGGAGGCAGCACUGCGUCUGGCCAACCAGUCGCAGCACGCCAUGUCAGCAGUCGAGAAGCUGGAUCUGCUGCAGCCAUUGGUCGCAGAGCUGCAAGGAGUGGCAGGCAUGGGAGAAAGCGGAACGGAAGAGGGAGGUGGUACUGGGGGAGGUGCAAGUGAGGAGGGGGGUGAUGCUCUGGCGGCUCUUGCAGCGUGUGAACUCGUUUCAGAGUUCACGAGCAGCAGGGUGGGCGUGGAGCUGCUUGAACCCCGCAUAGACGAGAUUCACGAGGCACUCGUGCAGAUCUGCACCAAGGCAUCAACGCCGGCACCGGCAGCAGCAGAAGGAGAAGCGCCAUCAUCAGCAGCAGCAGCAGCACGACCAGCAGCAGCGUCGCUGCAUUUGGGGUUGGACCUUCUCCUGCCAGCUGCUCUCAAGUGUGCUGCGCGCCUCACCUCGCCGGCAACGCCAGGAGUCAUGGCCCCUCUCACUUUAAUCCAGGCGGACGAGGUGGCAGCACUCUUUAACAGCAUCUGUGAGGCAUGGGGACGCAGUGAGGAGCACGUGCGAGCCGAGACAGUGGAGGGGUUCUUUGAUGCUCUUGCCACCUAUGCACGCUCCACACAUGGCACUCGCCUGCUGCUCAACCCGCGCCGCCAUGUCAUCAGCUUCGUUCUCAAGCGUGCCUUUGGGGGCUGCGGUCCUCACACCUCCCUGCACACGGCCUCGCUACAUGCACUGGCUUCCGUUUUCGGAGCAGACAGAGUGGAAGGGAGCGAGAACGUGCAGAUGGUGCCAGUGCAUGCCACCCACUCGGGGAUCAGUGGGGUGGAUGAGGGGGGAGGAGGAGGAGCCCGUGGAGGUGGUGUGGGGAUGGAUUUGGAGGUGGGGGAUGAUGGGGAGACGAAGCUCAAGGAAGAGACGUUUGCUGCUGCGGCCAAAGCACCAGGCGGACCCACCUUGGCUGGCGUGUUCGUGUCUCUGCUCAAGCGAUCCGAGGAGAUACGCGUUGCUGUGUACCGGCUGCUGGCAGCAGUGGUGGAGAGGGAGUGGGCGGCAGUGGAGCUGUGUGGGGACUGGGGUCUGGUGCAGAUGGUGACAGACGCACAGGCGGAGAGGCACAAAGCAGCCAUGGAUUGGAGGCAUUCGUGCUGUGUGGCCAUGUCAACAGCAGCAGAGGCACAACACGCAUCCAUCUCCUUCAACUGCACUGCGCAGCUGGCCGAGGCGGUGUGCAGGGGACCCUACCUGAGGCCACUUUCCUGGUCUCCCUUGUCCUCUGCCAAUCACCAACACCAACACCCUUUUCCCUCCCCCCUCUUUCCCCCCCUUCUCUCCCUCCUUGCAUCACACCAGCUGGCCGAGGCGGUCAACGGCAACGAUCAGCUGCUGCCGGACUACACAAUUGAGGUCGUGCCAGUCAACACGAGUCUCUCCACCACGCAGGCUGCCUCCUCAGGUGCAACCCUCUCUCGCACUCUCUCUUUCCAUGCGAUUGUUGUUGUGGCUCUCUCCCACCCCCCCUGCAGUGGUGCAGACAAUGCUGGCAGAGAGGGUGGUGGAAGCAGCGAGCCCUCCCUUCCCCGCCCUCCCUCCUCCCCCCCCCACCUUCCCCCAUUGGCAUUGUCCCACCCCCCUGCAGUGGUGCAAACAAUGCUAGCAGAGAGGGUGGUGGCAGCAGUGGGGCCCAUGACCUCCUCCCAGGCGCACGUGCUCUCGGCCAUCCACACGCAAGUGCAGGUCCCCAUGGUCUCCUAUUCCGCCACGGAUCCCUCCCUCUCAGCCGCCUCCUACCCCUUCUUCACUCGCACCAUCCGCAGCGACGCUCUCGAGAUGCAGGCCAUAGCGGACCUAGUGACGCAUUUCAGCUGGCUGGAGGUGAUUACAAUAUACAGCGACGACGACUAUGGCCGAAACGGAGUCAACCAGCUGGCGGUGCUGCUGGAUAAGGCGUCAGUGGAUGUGGUGAAGAGCAUUGCUGUGCCCCUCGACGCAUCUCUCUCCGACAUCAUCGUGCGUCUGCUCGCCGCUCAGAAGCUGGAGUCAACCGUAUUUAUCCUCCAGCUCAACCUCGAGCUCAUCGUGCCCGUGCUCACUGCUGCAUCGGAGGUGGGAAUGAUGACUCCAGGCUAUGUGUGGAUAGCCACAGAGGGAGUGGUGGCGGAGCUAGAGAACCUGCCCGAGCUCUCCACCGAAGGGAUGAUCGGCACGCGCGUCUUCGUGCCGCCCAACCCCCAGCUGUCCGAGUUUGAGAGCGCAUGGCAGGCCGAUGGGGAUGGGAACGCGACCAACGGUGGUGCAGCCUUUGAUCAGCUGUCUGAGUUUGAGCGCGCGUGGCAGGCGGAUGGGGACGGGAAUGCAACCAACGGUGGUGUGGCCUUUGAUCAGACACUCCGCUUCUACCCCAACUCUUAUCACUCCCCCCCUGUCCGCCUGCCCUCCUCUCCCCCCUCACUGUCCCCUCCCUCUCCUCUCCCCCCAUCCACCGUGCAGACCACCACACUCUACACUCUCUUCGCCUUUGAUUCCCUCUCCCUCAUCGCCCGCUCCAUCCACGCACUCCUCUACCCGACCUCCCCACCCCCCAUCACCACCCCUCCUCCUGCCGCCAACGGCAACGCCAGUGGCAGUGGCAGCGGCGUUAACAGCACCGGGAGGCUGGCAGGAGCAGAAGCAGCGACAGGGGGAGUGGGGGCGGGGGCAGGGGGUACGAAUGGGGGAGUGGUGGGUUUAGAGCGGUGGCAAGCAGUGCAGUUGCCAAAGGGAGGAGGGGCGUCUACUGACCUGGCUCGGCUGCAAGAGAACCUUGACGGUUCAAAGCUCAUGGAGGCCAUCAUACGAUCGACGUUCGAGGGGGUUACAGGGAGAGUGUCACUGGAUGCGCUGGGAGAUCGCAACGGCACGUCGUUUGAGAUCGUCAAUGCAGUCAACGGCCGGCUUCGCUCCAUCGGCUACUGGACCACAGACAACGGCCUUGCGUCUUCUCUUGAGCCCACAUCGACAAGCAAGGAUUCCAGCCAGUCAGUGCUGGCAGGUGUCAUCUGGCCGGGCGGGGUCUCCUUUCUGCCGCGUGGUUGGUUCCCGCGUGCCCACACACCCUUGAAGAUUGCCGUGCCGUACAAGCAGGAUUUCACGCAGUUUGUGCAGAUAGCCACGAACGACACCAUCACCGGCUUCUGUGUGGAGGUCUUUCGAGCGGCGGUGGGGCUGCUGCCCUAUACGCUGGACUUUGAGUUUGUUCCAUAUGGCGUUGGCAACCAGUCUUUGAGCUACACCGACAUGCUCCGACUGGUUGCGAACAAGACAUUUGACGGGGCAGUGGGGGACAUCACGAUCACACAGGAGCGCCAGCAGCUCGUGCAGUUCACACAGCCAGUGCAGUCUGCAAGUCUGUCGAUGGCGGUGGCGCAAGAGCCAACGAGCACGGGGGCGUGGUCGUUCCUGUCGCCCUUCUCGCUCACCAUGUGGCUGGUCAUCCUCGCCUCCACCGCCUUCACCGUGGUGGCCGUGUGGUUCCUUGAGAAGAACCAGAACGAGGACUUCUACGCCCACGGCAAGCUCUCCAGCCAGAUCAUCGACAGCGUCUGGUAUGCGCUCACCACAAUCGUCUUUGCGCAAGACAAGCCCAUUCAGACCACCAUGGGGCGACUGGCCAUGAUGUGUUGGCUCUUCCUCGUGCUCAUCGUGACUGCCAGUUACACCGCCUCCCUCUCCUCCAUCCUCACCGUUCAGAACCUCGCUGCAACCCCUGAUAGCCUUUCCGUGGCUAUUUCUCUGAAGCUUCCUCUCGGUUACCAUGAGGGUUCCUUCACCUACAAUUACCUCCUUGCCAUCGGCAUCCCCGCUUCAGUGCUGUUCCCGCUGGGCUCCAUGGCGGAAUUCGCGGACGCCCUGGGGUCGGGCAAGGUGAAGGCCGUGAUUGAUGAGGCGCCGUAUCUGGACGUGUUCAACUCGCGCUUCUGCAGCUACACACGCGUGAAGGAGCAACUUUCCACCUUUAACUGGGGCUUUGCGUUCCACAAGGACAUGCGCGUGCCGUACGAUCUCUCCGUCGCCAUCUCAAAGCUGGCGCAGUCGGGGCAGCUGCAGAGCAUGCACGACUUCUGGAUCAAGGGCUCCACCUCCUGCUCCCUCGGGCCCUCCGUCUCCUCUACCAGCCUUGGCCCUGAGAAUUUCUGGACGCUGUUGGCUUAUACAGGGUACAGGAUUCUGAGCUACUGCCGGAAGCUGGAGAAGGAGCUGAAGGAGGAACUGGAGGGAGGCAAAGCAGGGUCCUCCAGGAAGGGCAAUGCAGAGGAAGGAAGCACGGAAGGCAGCAAGGGAGCAAAAGAGGGAGGCGGGGUGUGGGGCAGCAUGCGCGCUGGCGUGCAGACGAUGAUGGAGAUCAACUUCUUCCAUGCGCUGCUCGUGGGGCUGGGGUGGAAGGACAGGACCCCCCUGACGUGCACUCCUCUUACUCACACACUUUUCCCGUUUCUCCUCCUCUUAUUCCCUCUUUCCCCACCCCUCCUCACACCCACUCACUUCAGAUCCUCCAGGAAGGGGAAGGCAGAGGAAGGCAGCACGGAAAGCAAGGGAGCGAACGAGGGAGGGGGCUUCUGGGGCAGCAUGCGUGCUGGCGUGCAGACGAUGAUGGAGAUCAACUGCUUCCACGCGCUGCUCGUGGGGCUGACUGGGGUGGCGAAGGCACGGACCCCCCAGCUGCGGUGGACGGACAGGACCCCCCUGACGUGCACUCCCUCUCCCUCACCCCCACCUCUUCUCCCCUGUCGUCUUCCAUCUCCCCCCCUUCUUCCCUCCACCAUGACUCAUUACAGAUCGUCCAGGAAGGGGAAGGCAGAGGAAGGAAGCACGGAAAGCAAGGAAUCAAAGGAGGGAGGGGGGGUGUGGGCCAGCAUCCGCGCUGGCGUGCAGACGAUGAUGGAGAUAAACUUCUUCCACGCGCUGCUCGUGGGGCUGGGGUGGAAAGACCCCCCUGACGUGCACUCCGCUCUCGUACAGAACCAGCUGCAGCACAUCGACUUUGAUAACUAUGGUGCUGCUGCUGGCGGGUUUGAUGCUGCAGGUGGGUUCGGUGGUGGUCCCGGAGAGGAAGGGGAGAAAGAGGGUGUGUUCAACCGAGUUGGUAGCAUGGGUGGGAGGAGUUUCAAGAAUUCCGACCGACCAACCAGCAGCAGUAGUCGACUUGUGAGGCGCCUCAGAAGCCCAGGAGAAGAAGGGGAGAGAGCGGGAGCAUUCGACCGAGCUGGUAGCAUGGGUGGGAGGAGUUUCAGCAACGCCGACCGACCAACCAGCAGCAGCAGCAAUCAUCUGAAGGCAAGCAAGUCCCUCAAGAGGCGGUUCUCCAGGGGAAGCGCGUCGCAGGGAGGCUCUUUCAAAAACGGUGACUUCAGAGCAGGGUCUUUCAAGUCAACGUCGUUCAAAGCAGAGUCGUUCUGGAAGCAACGGUCCUUCCUACAGUCUAACCUUGGCAAUGACGCGGUAAGAGAGGCAAGGGAGGCAAGGGAGGAAAGAGGGUUGACUGAGUCAACGCCAGUCAAGAGGGCAGCGUCAUUCAGAGCGGAGUCAAUGCGGUCAGCCUCGUUCAAGCAGUCCGAGGCUUUCCAGGGGGGCCCUGUGGCUCGUGCUGGGGGUUUCCGUAGCGCUUCUGUGCCAGGAGGUGAAGGGAUCAGGGAGGCGACAACAACGGGAGAGCGGGAGCCGAAUGGGCCGGAAGGGAGGGUGAAGCAGUUUAUUCGGCUGGAGAGUAAGAAAGGAAGUUUUGUGAAAACGGAGAGUUUGAAUAGGCCUGGUUCUGGUGGUGGUUCCCGAGAAAAGGAUGGGGCUGGGAGUUUGGGUGCAGGAGGGGGCUCGGCUCAGUCGGGCAGCUUGAUCAAAACGGGCAGCUUUAAGAGAUCUGGCAACUCAAUCGGAGCUCCCAGCUUCAAACGCCCUGCCAGCAGCAGGGAGGAGGGGAAUGGGAGGGACGUGAGUGGGAUAGUAGAGCAGCAGCCACCGCAGCAGCAGGGGCAGGAGCAGCAGGGGCCGAUACUGAAGCCUGAGGGGCUGCUCAAAAAGCUAGUCAGCUUUAAAGGGGCUGAGGGUGGAAGCAGCACUGGUGGAAGUGCUGAGAGCACGAACAGAGGGGGAGCAGAGAGAGGGGCAGGAGGGGGAGCAGGAGGCACAGGAGGAGGAGGGCAAGGGGGUGGGGGAGAGACGAGGCCGGAUAUCAAGUUUGGUGGCGGUGCGAGGGGCAAGUUUGAAGGGGGACCGGUGUGGCGAUCGACUUCCUGGGGGAAGAAGGGGUGA